AUGUUCUCUUCCCCCGGGCUGGCCCUAACGGCACUGCUAGCAGUAGCCUCCGCAUUCCCCACCACCACCACCACCAUCAACUCCACCCUCGAGACGCGAGACGUCUCGACCAUCAACCUGCACGUCUACAACAACUGCCCCUUCCCCAAAGCCUUCGCCAUCUACCAAAUCGCCCAACCAGCCUACGAGAUGAUCCAGAAAUCCAGCCCCAUAACCCUCGAACCCAAGACUAACCACAUCCUUCCUGCUUCCUUCUACGACCUCGGCAUGCGUCUGUCCGGGCACGCAGAAUGGGGCACGGCCAGGCAAUGGAACGCCCAAGCCCUCUUCGAAUUCGGAUACGCCGUGGUCGGCGGCAAGAAGGGCACGGCGUACAAUUUGUCCGUGAUGAAGGGGAGCGACGAAAAUAUCGGCGUCGGGGUGUAUCCUAUUGCUAAUGGCCAGGGUAGUGGGACUUGUCAUAGCAAGACUUGCUUCCCGUGGGAUUGUCCUCUGAAUCAAGGAUGGACGGAUCCAGCGCAGGUCAAGGUGGGUAGCCCGGCCGAUGAUGGGUGUUAUACGGGUGCCAAGACGGAUUUCAAGGUCGUCUUUUGCCCGUGA